AUGUCUGAUCACACACCAACAGAGAAAAAUGAAGCACAGCAAAUAGAAACGGUGCAUCUGAGCAUGAUGGACAACACACAUGAUGCACCUUCAGAACCCAAAGAACCAGAAGGGGCCUUUGAACCAAGUGUCAGACGAUCAACCAGAUCAAAUAAAGGAGUACCACCAAGAAGGAAAGCUUCAGAGGGAUGCAGCUCUGAUCAGAAGGCAGCUGUUGAGCUGAAGCAGCUCUGUCAGCAUUGCUUCCAUUCAGAUCUUGCCCAGACUGCUGAGUUCAGAAUAACGAUGUCUCUGGGGCACUUAGCCAAGGGAGCCAGCCUAGAUGACCUUAUUGAUACUUGCAUUCAUUCAUUUGAUUCAGAAGGAAAUCUGUGUAAAAAUUCCCAGCUGCUGAAGGUAACAUUGACCAUGCACAGAUUUAUCAUCUCCUCCACUGAGAUGCUGCAAAAAUUAAUUGAUCUAUACCUGGAUGCUUUGGAAAACAAUUCUUCUUUGACUUGCCAUAAGAUAUGCUACCUUGUAAGGUACUGGAUAACAGAAUUCUGGAUCAUGUUCAAAACAGAUUCUAAUCUUACUAAUGCUGUGGAGGAAUUUCAGGAACUGGUGAGAACUAAUGGUGAGGAGUUACACUGUCGCCUAAUUGACACAUCUCAAAUAAAUGCUCGCGAUUGGUCUAGAAAGAUCACACAGCGUAUAAAAUCCAACACCAGCAAGAAACGAAAAGUCUCACUUCUCUUUGAUCACUUGGAACCUGAAGAGUUAUCAGAUCAUCUCACAUACCUUGAAUUCAAGUCCUUUCGACGAAUAUCAUUACCAGAUUACCAGAACUAUAUUAUGAAUGGCUGUGUAAAGGAAAAUCCAACAAUGGAACGUUCAGUUGCUCUCUGUAAUGGUAUAUCUCAGUGGGUACAGCUAAUGGUACUCAAUAGACCAACACCGCAGCUUCGAUCUGAAGUAUUCAUCAAAUUCAUUCAUGUGGCUCAGAAACUUCAUCAGUUGCAGAAUUUUAAUACAUUAAUGGCUGUGAUAGGUGGUCUCUGCCACAGUUCCAUCUCUAGACUUAAAGAAACUAGUUCUCAUGUUCCACAUGACAUCCAUAAGGUGUUCAAUGAAAUGACAGAACUACUGUCAUCCUAUAGGAACUAUGAUAAUUAUCGGCGUGCCUACAGUGAGUGCAGUAACUUUAAAAUUCCUAUCCUUGGAGUACAUCUGAAAGACUUAAUCUCCCUUUAUGAGGCCAUGCCAGAUUACUUAGAAGACAAAAAAAUUAAUAUUCAUAAGUUGUAUUCUUUGUACAAUCAUGUCAAUGAACUGGUACAACUGCAGGAAAUGGCACCUCCCUUGGAGGCUAACAAAGAUCUCGUUCAUCUCCUCACACUAUCCCUUGAUCUUUAUUAUACAGAAGAUGAAAUUUAUGAACUUUCAUAUGCUCGAGAGCCAAGGAGUCACCGGGCUGCACCUUUGACACCUUCCAAACCACCAGUAGUAGCAGACUGGGCUUCUGGUAUAGCUCCAAAACCUGAUCCAAAGAUAAUUAGCAAACAUGUUCAGAGAAUGGUAGAUUCUGUCUUCAAAAAUUAUGACCAUGAUCAGGAUGGUUACAUUUCUCAGGAAGAAUUUGAGAAGAUUGCAGCAAGUUUUCCUUUUUCCUUUUGUAUAAUGGACAAAGACAGGGAAGGCCUGAUUAGCAGGGAUGAAAUAACAGCUUACUUUAUGAGAGCCAGCUCAAUUUACUCUAAAUUAUGCCUUGGCUUUUCCCACAACUUCCAGGAGACCACUUACCUAAAGCCCACAUUCUGUGACAACUGUGCUGGAUUUCUUUGGGGAGUUAUUAAACAAGGAUAUAGGUGUAAAGACUGUGGGAUGAACUGUCACAAGCAAUGCAAAGAUCUGGUUGUAUUUGAAUGUAAACGAAGAUCCAAAGCCACAACGGUGGAUAACAGUCCUGCAUCAGCCCUAGCAUCUAGCCUCUGUCCCAUGGGACUGAAGGAGCAUAUCCAUGGACUAGAGGAGGGAGGAUUUCCCUUUCCUAAUGGAGAAGUAGUUGAGCACAAUGAAGACAGCAAGGACAGAACAAUUAUGCUUAUGGGUGUGUCGACUCAAAAGAUCUCCGUAAGACUAAAGCCAGCUGUGGUACACAAAGGCACGCAGACUGACCUAGUUCCAGCCGAUGGUGACGGGCUCAACAGACAACAGAAGGAGCCAGCAGUGCCAUCUGAAAAUACCUUUCUCCAGCCUACUCCUGUGUCUCCAUGCCCAAGCCCAGUUCUUAGCCGUAAAAAGGCUUACGUAAAAUGGGAAAACAAGGACGGCAGUCAAAAAAUGAAGGAAGAGCAAUUUAUUCUUAAACCUUCAUACCAGGAGCUAGAGCAGGAAAGAAACAUUUUAACAGCAGACAACGAAGCUUUGAAGUUGAAGCUUAAACAAGCACAGAAGAAAAUAGAACUGCUCAGUGUUCAAAGAAACCACAUAUUGGAGAGCAGAGAACAUGGAGACUGCUUGUAG